CGGAUUCCGCUCUGCGCAUCAGCCUGCGCUGAUCCAGUCUUACUCACUUGAGUCCCUUUUUAGCAUCAGUCCUACUUUUUUUUGUCAUAUAUGGACUUCCUUCGACGAAGUUUCUGUCGAGUUCUUUCUGUCCAUCUGCAUUGGCGCGGAUUAGACUCCGACGUGGUUUGAUCGCGGAGGCGCGUCUCCUGGUUUCCGGCUGUGAAUGGAAGCGGGAUCUUACGAGCAACACUUGAAGGCAGCAUUCGGUGAGAAGGAGACGCACCAGCCGCCGCGGCAGGACUUGAGCUGAGCCAUUACACCCAGCGGAGGGGAUGAGACACGUCUCCUCUGCUUUCUGACAACGGGGCUGGUUGUUUCUUCUUCCAACUUGCUCAAGAAUCGAGGACAGGACUGUCGGUCGGGAUAUUCUUGAGCCGAUAUUAAGGAGAGUGACUCGCUCCUUUUUUCUCAUCCCAAGGAUCCUUUUUUUGAACUGAAAAAUGAGAAGAUAGGAGGACUGGAUAUGUGACUUUUGAGUGUGGAUUUGCUCCUCUCGUCAGCUCUGUGUGCGCGAAAGGGGACCUUUUGGAAUAUAGUGACGACAGUGGAUUAAAGCAGACGAGGCGAGACAACCUGUAUCUAUGCGCGCGGGUCCCGUCUGCCUCUGCGCCGCUCACCCUCUCGACGCGUUGACUGAGACAGUCUCAUGGAUAUGAAGGGUUUAUUUAGUCCACUUUAAAGGGAGGCGAGGAAGGAAAACGCGCACGUCUCUCUCCCCCUCCACAGCAUCUCCCUCACUCUCUCUCUCUCUCCUUCACGUUCUCUGGAUGUGAAGCAGCAUGCGGCCCGGUGAGAGCUCGGAGGGCUCGCGCUCGGCUGGCGGAAGACGCACGCAUGCCAACAUUUGCGCCGCUGCUCGCAGCUCGGACCGCUGUCUCGCGCGCCCUGCGUCUCCGCUGACGAGGACGAGGAGGAACGCAGAGGGGUCGACGGACGGCCGGGGAAGGAUGGUGGCGACGCUGAUGCGCUCUUUCCUGUGGACCCUCGUCCUGCUGUGCUCGCUGUCCUCCCGCGCGCAAGGGUUCAUCUACACAUGUGGCGGAACACUAAAAGGAAGAAAUGGCAGUAUAGAAUCGCCAGGAUUUCCGUAUGGUUACCCCAAUGGAGCAAACUGCACCUGGGUAAUCGUCGGAGAGGAAGGAAGUAGAAUACAGUUAAUAUUCCUCUCAUUCGCCAUAGAAGAAGAGUACGACUUCCUGUCGUUGUACGAUGGUCACCCACACCCUCCCAACUUCAGAACAAGACUAACAGGCUUCCAAGUGCCUGCCCCGGUCACCAGUACAGGGAAUGUCUUCUCCUUACGGUUGACCAGCGACUUUGCAGUCUCUGCUCAUGGGUUUAAGCUCAACUAUGAAGAGCUCCAAAGUUCUUCAUGUGGAAACCCUGGCGCUCCGCCCAAAGCAGUGCUGAGCGGUGGCGGUCGCUUCGCAGUGGGUGACCGCGUGCGCUACAGCUGUGUCCCAGGUUACGUCUUGGACGGUCAUGAGACGCUCACCUGCAUCACGAAUGCAGAAAACACUGCCGUCUGGGACUUCCCCGCUCCCAUCUGUCGAGCUGAGGACACAUGUGGGGGCACUGUGAGGGGCGGCAGUGGGGUGGUGACCAGUCCCGGUUACCCCGGCAACUAUGGUAACCAAGCCGACUGUACUUGGACCCUAUUGGCCGAACCCGGAGACACCAUCUCUGUCAUCUUUACAGACUUCCAGACUGAGGAGAAAUAUGAUUACCUGGAAGUGGAGGGAUCUGAACCACCAACCAUUUGGUUCUCGGGGAGUAAUGUCCCCUCUCCCAUCGUCAGCAACAAGAACUGGCUCCGGCUGCACUUUGUGACAGAUGGGAACCACAGAUACCGCGGCUUCAGUGCACACUAUCAAGUGAAGCGAUCAGUAGAUUUUAAAUCACGGGGCGUUAAAUUAUUCCCUGGCAAAGACUCCGGCAACAAGUUUUCGUUAAACGAAGGAGGUGUGCGACAGGCGUCCAACUCCUGCCCCGAUCCUGGAGAGCCGGAGAACGGGAAGCGGCAUGGCAACGACUUCAGCAUUGGCGGUGUUGUUCAGUUCACGUGUGGAGAAGAUUACGUUCUCCAAGGAAGUAAAAGCAUAAGCUGCCAGAGAGUCGCUGAAGUCUUCGCAGCAUGGAGUGAUCACAGACCAGUGUGCAAAGUGAAGACCUGUGGCAGUAACCUUCAAGGUCCUUCAGGAACCUUCACAUCGCCAAACUUUCCCAUUCAGUAUGAGAGCAAUGCCCAGUGCGUGUGGAUCAUCACGGCUUCAAACCCCAAUAAGGUAAUCCAGAUUAACUUUGAGGAGUUUGACCUGGAGAUAGCCUACGACACUCUGACCAUUGGAGAUGGAGGCGAGGUCGGAGACCCGACAACCAUCUUGCAAGUUUUAUCGGGGAGCUUUGUUCCGGACUUGAUAGUCAGCAUGACGCACCAGAUGUGGCUUCACUUGCAGUCGGACGAGAGUGUGGGCUCCAUAGGCUUCAAGAUCAACUAUAAAGAAAUUGACAAGGAGAGUUGCGGGGACCCUGGUACGCCCCUUUAUGGACUCAGGGAAGGGGACAGCUUCCUAAACGGAGGGAUCCUCCGGUUUGAGUGCCAGUUCGGCUUUGAGCUGAUAGGAGAGAGAACCAUCUCCUGUCAGGACAACAACCAGUGGUCAGCAAACAUCCCCAUAUGCAUAUUUCCCUGUAUGUCCAACUUCACAGCUCCCUCCGGGACCGUCCUCUCCCCGGAUUAUCCAGAAGGCUAUGGGAACAACAUGAACUGCGUCUGGCUCAUCCAGUCCGAGCCGGGCUCCAGGAUCCACUUGGCAUUUAACGACUUUGACUUGGAGGCGCCGUAUGAUGCACUGACGGUGAAAGAUGGCGAAACUAAUGACGCCAACGUGAUCGGGAGAUUCUCCGGCGCGGAGAGUCCGUCUCAUCUGACGUCCAACACCAACACGCUCAGGCUGGAGUUCCAAGCCGACCAUUCCAUGUCCGGGAGAGGCUUCAAUAUCACCUACAGCACUUUUGGCCACAAUGAGUGCCCGGAUCCUGGCAUUCCCAUCAACGCUCGUCGGUUUGGGGACAGUUUCCAGCUUGGCAGCUCCAUCUCUGUCGUCUGUGAAGAUGGUUUCAUCAAAACCCAGGGAAGCGAGACAAUUUCCUGCCAAAUAGAGAGGGGAAAGGUCAUGUGGAGCGGGCCCAUUCCGAAAUGUGAAGCUCCAUGUGGAGGUCACUAUUCAGCCCCCAACGGGAUCAUACUGUCCCCUGGCUGGCCUGGCUACUACAAGGAUUCCCUCAGUUGUGAGUGGGUGAUCGAAUCAGAACCUGGACGCUCCAUCAAAGUCACAUUUGACAAAUUCCAGACUGAGCUUGGCUACGAUUUCCUGGAGAUCCAUGAUGGACCGAACCUUCUGUCUCCAUUGGUCGGGUCUUUCAAUGGAACCCAAGUGCCACAGUUUCUGUUCAGCAGCAGCAACUUUCUCUACCUUCUCUUUACCACCGAUAACAGUCGGUCAAAUGCUGGCUUCAAGUUGUUAUACGAAAGUGUAACUGUGGACAGCUACUCCUGCUUGGACCCUGGUAUCCCUGUCAACGGUAUCCGUUAUGGGCAGGACUUCUCCAUCGGAUCCACCGUGUCCUUCGGAUGUGAUUCUGGUUACAGGCUGAGUCACGAGGAGCCGCUUGUGUGCGAGAAGAACCACUGGUGGAGCCACCCACUCCCCACAUGUGAUGCUCUCUGCGGUGGGGAUGUGCGAGGUCCAUGGGGAACCAUUCUGAGUCCUGGAUAUCCUGACAGCUACCCUUCAUCUCUCAACUGCACCUGGACUGUGGAAGUCAGCCACGGGAAAGGAGUCCAGUUUCAGUUCAAUUCCUUUCAUCUGGAGGAUCAACACGACUACCUCUUGGUUACUGAGAACGGGAGUUUUGUGCAACCACUGGCUCGCCUGACUGGCAACGAGUUGCCAAGCAACAUCAAUGCUGGUCUCUAUGGCAACUUCAAAGCUCAGCUACGAUUCAUCUCUGACUUUUCGAUAUCGUACGAGGGCUUCAACAUAACUUUCUCUGAAUACACGCUGGAGCCCUGUGAAGACCCUGGUAUACCACGCUUCGGCCGAAGAAAUGGCUACAGUUUUGGCAUCGGUGACACGUUGUCUUUUUCCUGCAAUAUGGGAUACCGCCUUGAGGGUGCGCCAGAGUUAAUCUGCCUCGGCGGCGGACGGAGGAUGUGGAGCGCCCCGCUGCCUCGAUGCGUCGCGGAGUGUGGCUCUUCAGUCAUAAACAAUGAAGGAAUCCUGCUCUCUCCGAACUAUCCCAUGAACUACGACAACAACCACGAGUGCAUCUACAGUAUCCAGGUACAAGCAGGAAAGGGAAUCAACAUCUCAGCUCGGACUUUUCAUCUCGCGCAGGGAGACAUACUGAAGAUCCAUGAUGGCAAAGACAACACGGCUCAUGUUUUAGGAGCAUUCACCGGUACAUCCAUGUUGGGCCUAACGCUGAUUUCCACUUCAAACCAUCUGUGGCUGGAAUUCUACAGCGAUGCGGAGAGUACAGGCGAAGGAUUCAAACUGGUCUACUCCAGUUUUGAGUUAUCCCACUGUGAGGACCCGGGGGUGCCACAGUUUGGCUUCAAGGUCAACGACCAAGGUCACUUCUCCGGAAGCAGCAUCACAUACAGAUGCGAGCCGGGUUACACCCUGCACGGGGCGACCACUCUCAAAUGUAUGACAGGGGAAAGGAGAGCCUGGGACAACCCGCUACCCUCCUGCAUCGCCGAGUGUGGCGGUCGCUUCAAGGGGGAGUCAUCAGGAAGAAUUCUUUCGCCAGGAUACCCCUUCCCCUAUGACAACAACCUUCGCUGCACCUGGACCAUAGAGGUUGACUCAGGGAACAUUGUCAGCCUUCAGUUCUUGGCCUUUGACACUGAAGCCAGCCACGACAUGCUGAAGGUUUGGGACGGUCCACCGGAGAACGAGAUGUCUCUGUCGGAGCUCAGUGGGUCUCUGCUUCCCGAGGGCAUCCACUCGACGCUCAACACCGUGACUGUCCAGUUUGAGACGGACUUUUACAUCAGCAAGUCUGGCUUCGCCAUUCAGUUUUCCAGCUCCGUGGCCACAGCCUGCAGGGACCCUGGUGUGCCAAUGAAUGGCAGUCGCAGCGGAGACGGUCGAGAGCCGGGGGAUUCCGUGUCCUUUCAGUGUGACCCUGGAUACGAGCUCCAGGGAGACGACAAAAUCACAUGUAUACAAGUGGAUAAUAGAUACUACUGGCAGCCCAGCCCUCCCGUCUGCAUAGCUCCUUGUGGAGGAAAUCUGACAGAAUCGAGUGGUUUCAUCCUGUCCCCUAAUUACCCACACCCUUACCCUCAUUCAAAAGACUGUGACUGGCUCAUCGCCGUCAACUCCGACUACGUGCUGUCACUGGCCUUCAUCAGCUUUAAUAUUGAGCCAAACUACGACUUCCUGUACAUCUACGAUGGCCCAGACAGCAACAGCCCUCUGAUCGGUAGUUUUCAAGACAGCAAACUCCCCGAGCGGAUUGAAAGCAGCUCCAAUACCAUGCAUUUAGCCUUCCGGAGUGAUGGAUCGGUUUCCUACACCGGCUUUCAUCUGGAGUACAAAGCCAAACUGAGGGAGUCCUGUUUCGACCCUGGAGUGGUUCUGAAUGGGACCAGGCUGGGGUCCGAUUAUAAACUAGGCUCUACUGUUACGUUCUACUGUGAGGCUGGAUACGUACUGCAGGGCUAUUCCACACUGACCUGCAGUAUGGGAGAUGAUGGCCGACCUGGUUGGAACAGGGCUUUGCCCAGUUGUCAAGCUCCGUGCGGAAGUCGAUCAACAGGAUCGGAUGGGACAGUUUUGUCCCCAAACUUCCCUCGGAACUACACCUCGGGACAGACCUGCGUCUACGCAAUAGCUGUUCCACGAGAGUUUGUUCUCUUCGGCCAGUUCGUGUUGUUCCAGACGUCUCUUAAUGAUGUGGUGGAGAUCUACGACGGGCCCACACAACAAAACACACUGCUGUCGUCCCUCUCCGGCUCCCACUCCGGAGAGUCUCUUCCAUUGAGCACUGGCAACCAAAUCACAAUCAAGUUUACAACCGUGGGACCAGAUACUGCCAAGGGAUUCCACUUUGUCUACCAAGCUGUCCCUCGGACCAGUUCCACCCAGUGCAGCUCGGUGCCAGAGCCGCGUUUCGGGAAGCGCCUGGGCAAUGACUUUGCAGUCGGGUCUUUGGUGCAGUUUGAGUGCAACCCUGGCUACGUCCUUCACGGCUCCACCGCCAUACGGUGCGAGAGUGUACCAGACAACCUGGCCCAGUGGAACGACACUCUCCCGACUUGUAUCGUUCCCUGUGGUGGCGUGCUCCACUCUCGUCAUGGAACCAUCCUGUCUCCCGGUUAUCCAGAGCCGUAUGACAACAACCAGAACUGCGUGUGGAAGGUGUCCGUCCCAGAAGGGGCAGGAAUACAGAUACAAGUGGUGAGUUUUGCCACUGAGCACAACUGGGACUCCUUGGAUUUCUACGAUGGUGCUGACAACCAUGCUCCAAGACUGGGGAGCUACUCUGGAACCACCAUCCCUCCUCUCCUAAACAGUACUUCCAACAACCUUUACCUGAGUUUCAGCUCAGACAUCAGUGUCUCAGCUGCUGGUUUCCACCUGGAAUAUACAGCUAUCGGUCUAGAAUCUUGUCCGGAGCCCCAAACUCCAAACUAUGGAUUAAGACAAGGAGACAGAUUCAUGGUUGGAGACGUUGUGCAGUUUUCCUGUGAGCAAGGAUACUCCCUUCAGGGAAACGCUCACAUCACUUGUAUGCCUGGACCAGUGCGGAGAUGGAACUAUCCUGUGCCACUGUGUCUGGCCCAGUGUGGUGGAUCCCUGACUGAUGUAAGUGGAGUGAUCCUGAGCCCAGGUUACCCAGGCAACUACCCCAGUGGACUGGACUGCACAUGGACAGUUAAUUUACCUGUUGGAUUUGGCAUCCACCUUCAGUUUGUCAACUUCUCCACUGAAGCGAUCCACGAUUACCUAGAAAUCCGGAGCGGAACGCUCGACACCGGCACAGUCAUCGAUCGGUUCAGCGGCCCCAUCAUGCCCAAACCUUUGUUCAGUACCACCCACCAGACCAGCUUCUUUUUCCACAGUGACUAUUCGCAAAACAAACCAGGAUUCCACAUCACAUAUCAAGCGUACCAGCUCCAGAGUUGUCCUGACCCCCGGCCUUUUAGAAAUGGCAUCGUGAUUGGCACAGACUUUAGCGUUGGGAUGACGGUGUCUUUUGAAUGUCUGCCUGGAUAUUCCCUCAUCGGGGAGGCCUCACUUACAUGCUUGCAUGGAAUCAGUCGGAACUGGAACCAUCAGUUGCCAAGAUGUGAAGCUCUGUGCGGUGGUAACAUUACGUCCCUGAAUGGAACCAUUUACUCUCCUGGUCACCCUGAAGAAUACCCCAACUUCCAGGAUUGUGUUUGGAGUGUAAGAGUUCCUCCUGGUCAUGGCAUCUACAUCAAUUUCACUGUGCUGAGCACUGAGCCCACAUAUGACUACAUCACUGUCUGGGAUGGUCCGGACCAAUCGUCCCCCCAGAUCGGCCAGUUUAGUGGAAACACAGCACUGGAGUCCGUCUAUUCAACCUCCAACAUCAUCCUCAUCAAAUUCCACUCCGAUUUUUCUGGGGCUGGCUUCUUUGUGCUGAGCUACCACGCCUAUCAAUUAAGGGUCUGCCAGCCUCCUCCAGAAGUACCCAACGCUGACAUACUGAUGGAGGAUGGAGAGCUGGAGAUAGGCGAUAUCAUCAGGUAUCGAUGCCAUCCUGGAUUCUCAUUAGUCGGCAGCGAGAUACUAACCUGUCGCUUAGGAGAGCGGCUGCAGAUGGAUGCAGCGCCCCCAACAUGUCAAGUCCAAUGCCCGGCUCACGAUGUGCGAUAUGACUCAUCUGGUGUCAUUCUGAGCCCUGGUUGGCCGGAAAGUUACCCGAAUCUCCAAAUGUGUUCGUGGAGUGUCACAGUGGAAAAAGGAUACAACGUUACCAUCACUUUUGAAAGCUUCCACACGGAGCGAGAGUUUGACGUUUUGGAGAUUAUUGAUGGUCCGACAGCCAACAGUCCCACUUUGGCGACACUAAGUGGGGACCUACCGACCCCUUUUAACCUUACAACAUCUGGCCACCAGUUUCUGGUCCGUUGGGCUUCAGAUCAUGGCACAAACAAGAAAGGCUUUAAAAUUCGCUAUGUUGGUGAGUACCAAACGCUCUACUGCUCCACGCCAGACUCGCCUCUCCACGGCUCCAUCUCGUCCCAAAGUGGAGGCCACGUAAACAGUGUGGUGCGAUGGGCUUGUGACCGCGGUUACCGGCUCAUUGGCAACGGCACUGCAACCUGUCGCCGCUCGCCACACGGUUAUCACACUUGGGACUCUCCCGUACCAGCGUGCCAAGCUGUCUCAUGUGGUGCACCCAAGGCUCCAAUAAACGGUGGCGUUUUAACAGCUGACUACUCUGUCGGAACAAGGGUUUCCUAUUUCUGUAACGACGGGUACAGGCUUUCCAGUAAGGAGCUGACAUCAGCCAUCUGUCAGCCCGAUGGCACGUGGAGCAACCACAAUAAGAUACCACGGUGUUCUGUGGUUGUAUGUCCAAGCAUUGGCUCAUUUUCUCUCGAGCAUGGGCGCUGGAGGAUCGUCAAUGGGUCGCACUAUGAAUACAGGACUCGAAUCGUCUUUACCUGUGAUCCUGGGUACUACAGAUUAGGCCCCGCCCAUAUCCAAUGUUUGCCUAAUGGUGUGUGGAGCUGGAGAAAUGAGAGACCGCACUGUCAAGUGAUAUCUUGUGGCGAGCUGCCAUCACCGGUGAACGGCAAGAAGAUCGGCACUCAGACGACAUUCGGUGCCACCGCCAUCUUUACAUGCGAGGCUGGCUUCAUGCUGGUGGGGUCUGCUGUCAGGGAGUGUCUGUCAUCGGGUCUCUGGAGUGGAACCGAGACGCGCUGUUUAGCUGGACACUGCGGGAUCCCGGAGGGCAUCGUGAAUGGCCAGGUUAUCGGGGAGAACUUUGGAUACCGUGACACAGUCGUGUAUCAGUGUCAACCUGGAUUUCGGCUCAUCGGCUCAUCAGUUCGGAUCUGUCUGCAAGACAACCAGUGGUCUGGACAGCUGCCCGUCUGCAUACCAAUCAGUUGUGGCCAUCCAGGAAGUCCCAUAUACGGCCGCACCGUGGGAAACGGCUUCAACCUCAACGAUGUGGUCAGCUUCGUGUGCAACCGGGGGUAUGAGAUGGAGGGGCCUGCUCGCGCUCAGUGCCAGGCCAACCGGCAGUGGAGCAACCCGCCCCCAACGUGUAAAGGUGGGGAAAAAAUGGUCAACUGCUCGGAUCCUGGUAUUCCGGCCAACUCCAUUCGACAGAGUAAAAUAGAGCACGGAAACUUCACCUUUGGCACCGUUGUUUUCUACGACUGUAAUCCCGGCUACUAUCUGUUUGGAUCUCCGGUCCUGAGCUGCCAGCCUACAGGACAGUGGGACAAACCUCUGCCGGAAUGCAUAGUUAUAGAUUGUGGCCAUCCUGGCUCUCCCCCCAACGGUGCGCUGAGUGGAGAUAAGUUUACAUUUGGCUCAACGGUCCGCUACUCCUGUCUGGGCGGGAGACAGCUCAAAGGCGAAUCGUCCAGGACUUGUCAGCUCAAUGGGAUGUGGAGCGCCCCCAUGCCCUUCUGCUCUGGAGACACAACGGGCUCCUGUGGCGAUCCUGGAAUUCCGUCCCACGGUUCCAGAGAACAGACCGAUUUCAAGAUCCGCUCCAAAGUCUUCUUCAGUUGCGAUGAAGGAUACGAUCUAAUCGGCUCGUCGGAGAGGAUGUGCUUUCCCAACGGGACGUGGUCUGGCACGCAGCCCUUCUGUAAACCUGUCCAGUGCGGCAACCCUGGCACUCCCAGCAACGGCAGGGUCUAUCGUUUGGAUGGGACAACAUUUUCCCACUCGGUGAUCUACUCCUGCAUGGACGGCUAUCUGCUCAGUGGCGCCACUACCAGGCUGUGUCAGUCCAAUGGGACUUGGUCGGGAGUACAGCCCAACUGCACGAUGAUCAACUGUGGAGACCCCGGCGUCCCGGCCAAUGGUAUCCGUUACGGAGAAGACUUCAACAUCGGCCAGAAUAUUUCCUUUCAGUGUCAGCCGGGAUACAGAAUGGAGGAGGACGGCUCUCCAGUGAGGAUGUGCACUCAAAAUGGCACCUGGAGUGGGAUUAUGCCUCUCUGCACAGCUGUGACUUGCGUAGCACCCCCUGCCAUAGGUAACGGGGUACUGCAGGGCACAGACUUUGAGUGGGGCAGCAGUGUGAGCUACAGCUGCUCACCUGGAUACGAGCUGUCAUUCCCGGCUGUGCUGACUUGCGUUGCCAACGGCACCUGGAGCGGCAUGCUGCCGCAAUGCUUACCCAAGUUCUGCGGCGAUCCCGGUACACCUGCCGCCGGGUUCAGGGAGGGACGCAGUUUCAUCUAUCAAUCAGAAGUGUCCUUCAGUUGUGGUCCGCCACUCAUACUGGUCGGCGCUUCGACCAGACGAUGUGAAAGUGAUGGCACCUGGAGUGGGACUCAGCCACGUUGUAUCGAGCCCACCAAAACCAGCUGCGACAAUCCUGGGACGCCGCGAUACGGAUCCUUGAACAGAACCUACGGGUUCAAGGUGGGGAGUGUGGUGUCAUUUCAGUGCCAGCCAGGUCACCUGAUUCAAGGCUCGUCCUCCAGAACUUGUCAGCCUGAUUUGACAUGGAGCGGAACACAGCCAGACUGCAUACCCCACGCCUGUAAACAGCCAGAGAGCCCACUCCAUGUGGAUGUGACGGGGAUGGAUCUGCCAGGUUUUGGCUACACCUUGGUCUACAGCUGUCAGCCGGGAUACUUCCUCGCCGGGGGCUCGGAACACAGAGUCUGCAAGAGUGACGGCACUUGGACCGGAAAGAUGCCGAUAUGUCGAGCUGGAGAAAAGAAGAAAGCUGUGAAACCGGCAACAGGAACUCCCAGCCCAAAACUCAAUGUCCCCGAUGAUGUCUUUGCUCCUAACUACAUAUGGAAAGGUUCCUACAAUUACCGCGGACGAAAGCAGCCCAUGACAUUAAGCAUCACCAGCUUUAAUGCUACAACCGGGAGAGUAAACGUUACCCUCAGCAACGGCAACAUGGAACUCCUCCUGUCAGGAGUGUACAAGACUUCAGAAGCUCGGCUGCUGCUGCUCAUGUACCAGGUCAACUAUGCUAACCAGGGAAAUCAAGUGAAAGACGCAACCACCUCCCCAGCUAAAAUCAUUGAAGACUCAUGGACCAUGGAUGGAUUUGUAUCAGCAGAACCAGAUGGUUCUAGUUACGUAUUCCAAGGUUUUAUUCAGGGAAAAGACUACGGACAGUUUGGACUUCAACGACUUGGCCUGAACAUGUCGGAGAGUCAGAAUUUGCCUCCUCCUCCGCUUGGUACCAACAGCAGUUCCGUGGCCAUCGCUAUUCUGGUGCCUUUUUUUGCUCUGAUUUUUACUGGAUUUGGAUUUUAUCUCUACAAACAAAGAACCACACCAAAAACACAGUACACCGGCUGUUCAGUUCAUGAAAACAACAACGGCCAAGCUGCCUUCGAGAACCCCAUGUACAACACCAAUGCCAAGGCGGUGGAAGGAAAGGCUGUUCGAUUCGAUCCGAAUCUAAACACUGUCUGCACCAUGGUCUAGUGCAAGAUGGUCCACCUUCACAUUUCUCAGCUCAGAUGUCCUUUGGGAGCAAAAUGCAGUACGCUUCAACCAUACCUCAACAUCUGCGACGAUACGGAGAUUGAUACCGGAGGUGUUUGUUCCCAGCUCAGGCAAAGUACUAUCAAGACUAUUGAAAAAUGCAUCCGCAUGAGAUCAUUUUCGAAUAUCAAUGAGAGACAGAUGCAAAAGAGCGUGGUGCAGUCUGGCAGAGAAAGAGAUGCUUAACAACAGGAUACUUUACAUAAUAAUUUAUUUAGACAACUAAGUGCAGCAAGUACAUUUCGUCCUUUAAUUUAACCAAGAUCGCUGGGCGUACAACAGUGAAUUGCCAUUUCUUAAAGGCGAUGAAUACAGAGUUGAUCAGAAACUUUAAGGGCCCUAACUUUGUGCUACCACACCCCACACAACUUCAAAACUUUGGAGGCGAACUUGGACUCGUGUGGCAGCGUCUGCUACUUAGUUGAAUCGAUACAGUUUCAGAACAUGGAAAUAUUUUGAAAUAUUAUAUAAUGAAUAAAUCUAAUUUAUAUAAUAAAUGAAAUAUCAGAAUUGAUUCUGAUUCUGAUAUUUUGCGUGUUAAAUUUUACUAGCAAAAAAGAUGUAUCAAUUUAUAACCUAAGCAGAACACGCUUUUGUUUGGAACAGACCUAGGAACAACCAUUUUUAGGAAAGAAAUCAAAUCAGUUGAGUUCUGUUCACCUGUUGAGUAACUCAACAGUCUAAAUAGCCACAGCAGGUAACUCAACCUUUGCUUCCUGUGUCUGUGGCAUCAUUCCGAUUUCAAGACUAACCCUGGCAGGCGUUGGAAUUUUCUCUAUAAAGUCCAAAAUAAAAGUUUGCUAGAUGUCAUGCUUCAACAACUGCAGUGCGAGAACGUGCUGACACCGAUUGUUUGGAGCAGACUGGACAUGAUUUUCUUUGUGAAUCAAGAUGACAAAACCAACAUUCUCCAAAAAGUUAGUUGGUUGGAAAAGUCUCUUCUCACUUCUCUCGAUUGGCGCUGCUUGAUAUUUUCUCAACCAAGUUCACAUGCCAUGAUCGAAUGGAUAUGACCGUGAAAAUUCACAUUUUGCUGCCUUUAUGAUAUACAUUUUUUUUAAAUUCUAAACAUUUGUAAGCUCGGCCAGUCUGCUGCAACGUACGAACCGAGCCCAAGACAAGAUCAAGGUCCCCAAAAGACGGUCUAGCAGGCGACAGCGAGAAAGACCUUUCCGACAGAUGAACCUUCCAGUGUUUUUCUCCAACUGAAACAGAAGCUUAAUGCUAAAGUAGCAAAAAGUGGCUUUAAAAAAAACUCCUAAAUGUCAAAAUAAGGAUAAGAGGAGCCUUUGAGACUGAACCGUAAUCCUGGCUGAACUGGGAUUAGAGGAAAAGCAAAAGUCUACCGAGUUGCAAGCACUUGCGAGAUGAGAGGAGCGAUUGCUUGGUCACAUCCAGUGGAUCCGAAGGAUUGUUCUGGAGGCGGACGAGACCACGAUAUGAACUGCGAAUUUAGUCAAGCAGCCCGUCAGGAGUCCAACUUUCAGCGUCUGAUUCCAUGUCUGAGAAAUGUUUCCUUCUCAAUGUAAUGAAUCAGAGAAAAAAAAAAAAAAACAUCUGGGUUUGAGGGAGAAUUAUUCCUCACCCAGCGAGACACAGAGGACUCUGAGAGACACUUUGAGACACAGAGAGAGCUCUGGCACUAAAGCACAUUCUUCUAGGACCCUACCUGUUUACCCACAGAGAAGUGGGCGACCACGCCAGGAAGUAAUAUCAGUGGGACAUUACCCGCUGAUGAAGACAGACGGACACAAUCUCCUGCACCUACGUGAAGAGAAACAGGGUUCCUGCCCUAAAACGGUGGACGUGUCUCCACUGUAAUCUUGCACUCCAUGAGUGCCUCACCUUUCUUUGUUAUUGCUGCAGAAUCUUCUGAUCUGUAAAUCUAUUGCGUAUAUAUUCGGGAGCAGCCGCCACCUAUAUUUUUGUGCUAUAUAUUUACCACAACGGGAGGGGCUGAUAGGGAAAAAGAUGGAAAAGAAAAAAAAAAAAGGUGUUCACAAAAGUCACUGACAGUGUUUUGUUCCCUUUGUGACGACAGUUUAGUUUUAUUUCAUUUGUUGUGAAAUGUUGAAUUCACCUUGAACUGUGUGUUCCACCGCCGAAGUCAUGAGUGUCAGUGAUCUUAUCGUCGCCAUUAUUGUUGGGAUUUUUGGCUUGUGCUGUUCGAUGUUAAGUACCCAUCACGUUUUACAGGACGCCACUGAUUUCCAAGGUUUACUGAGUCAUGCAGCACACCCAGCGUCAUUUUGUCGCCUGAAUAGUGAGCCAAAACUAUGUUGUUAUAACCAUUCCAAGGUGCGGUUGUUUGUUACCAGAACACCCCGAUUUGAGUUCAUCCUUUGAAGUCAGAGCUAUUCAUUGCAUUUUUGUCGUCAAACGUUCGACUAUUGAUGCUGAAGAUGCUUAGUAUCUAACACAGCUGAACAACACUGCCCACUACAUGUUACUAAGGACCAUAUUGUUUAGCAUUCUGGAGGAGGAUUUUUGUCAUUGACAUAUGCGCUUAACGCUUAACUUUAAGCACCAAGGUAAACAAUAAAAAUGCCCUUCAAAUCUAAGUAAAGAAGGGAUUUAUUGUUUACAUUCCUAUGUGAUAGUUUUUUAUUUUAAUUUUUUUGGAGAAGUUCAAAUGGAGCUCACAAACAAUCUGAUAAACAGUGUCAUCUCCUUUCAAGUGACAUUUUGUGGACCUUGAAAAUCAACACCAAAUGUUCACAUAUAUCAACAUUUUUGUCUUACACGCAUUAGAUAUGACAACUAGUGUUAAGAAGAACAGCAGAUAUUAUUUUGUCCUUAUACACGCAAGUGUCGCUUAGCUUUUGUUUUUAUAUUUUACCAUGCAAAGGGUUUAUUAAACAGAGUAAAGAUGAUGUCAAAAUGAUUCCAUAUGUGCAUGUUUGGAAAUAAUAUUCCUUUGGUUCUGGCAAAAUAAUUUUGUUCUUUUGUUCUCUGGUUGGAUUGAACUGAUGUCAUUUUUUAAAAUAAUAAUAAUAAUUCAUGGUAAAACAGUAUACAUAUUUCAAUAUACAUUGCUAAAUAUUGAUAAUUAAUGUAGAAUUUAAUUUUAAAGAACAAUGUAAAAACAAUAUUAGGGUACUUAAAGAAGUUGCCGUGUGGUCAAUUUGAUUUUUGAAGAUACAAUUAUACACUUUUUUUCUGUUGUUCAACAUCAAGUAAAGACUAGUUAUGGACUUAUUCCCAUUUUUGUUUAGCUGUGCGUUUAUAUUUAUCAUCUAAAUUAAAAAUAAUCUGAAUAACUUGUGAACAAUCCAAUUCAAUAACCUUAUUUUCUGUAUUUUCGACCACCAGCCAGCUCACUACUGCUCCUUCUGAAGUCAUUUAUUAAACUCAUGUUCCUGUUUGUCACACACCACGUUGCUAAUGUGACAUUCGUUCUUACUCCAGUUUAAAUUAAUUGCUGCUGCUGCUGUUGUUGAUUUAUGACUUGAUUUUAUUUUGUAUUUUUUGUGUGUUUUCCGGUAUGGAUCUGACAGUGCCUACCAAAAACCAUCGGACCCCCUUUGCCCUCCAAGUGCACACACUCAGACACACACACACAAGCGAACACGCAUCUUCUCCUGCCCCUCCACUUCCUUCAUCAGAGGACAUUUUUCUAUGCUUCAAGUCUUUUUUGCCACAAGCUUUUCCUACUGACUGACCGCAAUAAGACCCACGUGAUUUGAAAGACUUAAGCCGUUCCUGCCUGGGGGACAAUGGAAAUAUUCACCAUUUGAGGAAAUAAAAAAAGAAGAAAUAUAGAUUAAAAAAAGUGUUUUGUACAGAAAAUAUAUUUUUAUGAUGAAAUUAUUUGUAAAAUGUAUGAAUCUAUUAUGUAAAUUUUCAAUGCAAUGUAAGAUUA